AUGGUUGUGCUUAGUAUGUCGCCAGAAGAGGACGGAAAAUUCAUAUUUCCUCUUCCUUUCGCACGCGCCGAACUUGUGGACAUUCGUGAGGUGUUUACGGCGCAGAUCCCAGCGUGGCUGGGGGAAAUUCGGAAACUCUUGGCCGUAAUAUCCACACCAAUCGUAUUUGGGAUAUGCUGGAGUUACAUCAAAGCCGGGAAAUGGGGAUCCUUCACUAAUCUCACCGAGCUAGAAAGUCUAGCCCGUAUACUUCGACAGACUGGGCAUUAUGACGAGGCCUCGAUAAUCUACUGGAUGAUUGCAUGUGGACUUGACAGCCAUACUCCCAGCACGGAGAAUCUUGAGUUUCUCGCGGAUGUACUCACGAACCUCGGCCUGGUCUAUACGCAGCAACGCAAGUUCGAAGCUGCUCUCGGGUCCUUUGAUAGAUCAUCAGAGAUCAUGUCUGAGCUGGGAACUCUGACUCCUCACGCAUCCAUGUCCAUCACGUACAACAAAGCAGUGGUAUUCAUGAUGACCGAUCGCCUUGACGAAGCAGAAGUAUUCUUGCGCGACGCCGCAGCAUAUUUCUCACAAGAUACUACUGCCGAACACACCCUACCCCAAAGCGAGCAGAAAUCCUUAUACCUUCGGAUACUGAACAAUAUCGGCGAAGUCAUGCUACGGAAGAGGCUCCGAGACUCCAGUCGACAAGGUGAUCCUCAGCCUGCCCAGGCAUCUCUGAAGCUCAACGUGGGCAGAGCCUUUACCAUGCUUGGAGAUUUUGCGAGGGCUCGAGAGUUGCUUGAAGAAGUAAUCUCAAUUUACACAGAAUGGUGGGGAAGACGACACACGGAGACUACGCGAGUGACUGAUGAGCUGGCCUGGAUGCUGAUGGAAGAGUGUAAAUAUAAACACGGCAAAGGAGAGGAUGUAGAUGCAGAGGCGAGGCGUGCGGGUGAGCUUUGGAAUGAAGUUUUGGAUUUUUAUCGGCGGACUACUGGAGAUGCGUCUGACGUGGUGGUUCGAAUUGAAGUGAAUAUGAGACAAGUAUCUUGCUACACGACAGUUGAUGCUUUCGAUUCUAUGAUACCGAUGGGGAGUAUUAGCCCUGCUCCAACCUACAGGGGUUGGUUACUGAGGUCUGGUCUGGGAAAGGGGAAAUGCGUGAUGGGUAACAACCGCAUCUAG